AUGGAGACUAACGAUACUCGUAUGGAAUUCACCAAUAACAAAGGUGUGGAAGACGAUUCUGAGUUCAGGGAUUUUGAAGGAACAGAUGUGAAGGACAUGCGGCUAGAAGCAAAAGCGGUGGUGAAUGCGUUGUUUGCUGUAAGCAUCAUGUUUGCCUCUAAAAGCCUUCCAUGUGCUGAGGAUGUGGCAUACAGCAAUGUGGGAAACAGGGAAAGGAACAGAUAUUGCCUCAAGCUCACAGAAGCCAGAUUUAGGGUGGCUGGUUGUGCUUUCAACCAGGUGGAUGAUAGUGUACAGAAUUCAUACCAUGGGACUGUCUACUCUUUGUUGGAAUCUGUUAGCCCAGUGUAUAGAGAAGCUUUGGGAAAUGCUCUGCUUCAAAGAGUAGAAGCUGUGAAGAGGGAUGGGCAGUCAUGA